UGGAACGGAAUUUUAAUUAAAGGUUUCACUUUUACUCUCACUCUUGUAGAUAUUUUGUGUUCCUGUUGUAUAUUUGGAAAAAAAAUUUCACCAAGCAAAAUUUUUUUACUUUAUUUGUAUGUAAUUUUGUUAAAAAUCAAUAUUAAGUUAGUUGGGAAAUACUAUCAAGCUUCUCUCCCUCUAUGCAUAUACAUUUUUAGUAUUUCCGUGUUUACAGGUGUUCUUAAAUAAACAGGUGUUGCGGUAGCUCUUCUUUUUGUAGUUUAUUCUCUUAGUCACUUCUGUUUGAGGAGCUUAAUAUGUUCCGUCCAGCUGUGUGCCGUACCCUAUUAAAUGUAGGUUAUACAUUCAAAGUGGAAUAUCUAUGCUCAAGUGCUUGGGCUAAUGCAAGAGAUAUUAUCAAUGUUCAGCUAGAUGCUAUUCGUGAAGCAAAGACCUACAAAAAUGAGAGAAUUAUUGUCUCAAAACAGGAUGCCCGCAUUCGAGUUGCUGAUACACCACAAACUGUAAUUAAUUUUUGUGCAAACAACUAUUUAGGAUUGUCAAGUAAUUCACAAAUUAUUGAAGCUGGAAAACAAGCAUUAGAGCAGUAUGGAGCUGGCUUAAGUUCUGUUCGUUUUAUCUGUGGAACUCAGAGUUUGCAUAAAGAACUAGAAAAGAAAAUAGCUCAGUUUCAUGGGAGAGAAGAUUGUAUAAUCUAUCCAAGUUGCUUUGAUGCUAAUGCUGGACUUUUCGAGGCACUUCUCACGCCUGAAGAUGCUGUGCUAUCCGAUGAGCUGAAUCAUGCUUCCAUUAUUGAUGGGAUAAGGUUAUGUAAGGCACAGAAACACCGCUAUAAGCACAGAGAUAUGGCUGAUUUGGAACAGAAAUUGCAGGAAAGCUCAUCAGCUCGCAUGAGACUUAUUGUAACCGAUGGAGUUUUCAGUAUGGAUGGAAAUAUUGCACCAUUACCAGAUAUCUGCAAUUUGGCAAAGAAGUAUAAUGCUAUGAUUUUUAUGGAUGAAUGCCAUUCAACUGGAGUUCUUGGCAAAUCCGGAAGAGGAACUGAAGAACAUUUUGAUUUAAAUGGAAGUGUUGAUAUUAUUAAUUCUACCUUGGGGAAAGCUUUAGGAGGUGCUGCAGGUGGCUAUACAACUGGCAAAUCUGAGUUAGUCAGUCUGUUACGUCAAAAAUCUCGUCCAUAUUUGUUUUCCAAUGCUCUUCCCCCUGCUGUUGUGGCCUGUGGAAUAAAAGCUUUGGAAAUAAUCAUAGAAAACCCUUCUCUUGUGGAACGAUUGCAUAAAAAUACUAAAAUAUUUAGAUCUUCAAUGAAAUCUAAAGGGCUUGAAACUAUUGGAGAUGAUCAUCCUAUUUGUCCUGUAAUGGUUCCUGAAGAUAAAGCUGUGGCUAUCGCUAACAAAAUGCUAGAUAAGGGAAUAUAUGUCAUAGGCUUUACAUAUCCAGUUGUUCCUAAAAAUCGAGCUAGAGUCCGUGUACAAAUAUCUUCCUCUCACACGGAACAGGACAUCUUGAAGGCAGCUGAAGCUUUUCAGUCCGUUAUUACUGAGCUUGUCCACUGAAUUAAGGUCUAGUGAAAAGAAAUUAUUUCUGAGAUUAUAUUCACAUUCCAGGGAUUUUCUUACUGAGAAAUAUCUAUAAAUUUUAUUUUGGGAUUUUUUUUUAUUUUAGAGUCUUUUGUGAUUAUAUUGAAUCUCAUUUUCUUUUAAUUAAUUUUUUUAAUGAAUUACGUGAAUACAGUAGCAGAUUAAUAUAACACAAUUCUCUAUAAACCACAGUAACUUUAUGUUUAUAAAAUUAUUAGUAACUUGAGCAUAUAUGUAGUAACUUUAUCUUUAUUAUUCUUAGACUUCUAUUAAAUAUAUAAUUAGUAGACAAUGCAAUCAAUCACACAUAAAAAAUUUCAGCAACUGAGCAAAAAAUAUUAACUGUUUCCAGGCAGCAAUUAUGUAUCUGCUGAAUGCUUAUAAUCUCUAAAGUAAACUAAAAUUGAUAACUUUUUUUGUUGUUAGUUCUAACACUCUUUGUAAUUUAAUUUUUUUCACCUUUAGUAUAUAAAUAAACAUUUUGGUGCAUAUUUUUGUGUUUUCAAGUAUGUGUAUUCAAAAAUUGUUUUCAAGCAUAAAUAUUGAUCUGCUCCAGAUAUGUAUAGCCAUAGUUGGCAAAUUUAAUAUGUGAAAUGAUAUGCAAACACAAAUUUCUUUCUAAUGCAAGGCUUUGUGUUUCAAGAUUUGCGUUAUAAAUAUCUUUUACUGUAUUUGAUUUAUUCCAUGCAGACUUAAAUGGUUAUUUUCGUUUUCUAAAUUAUAAAAACUAUGCAUUCCAUUUUUUUUUAUUUAUUUCUUUUUUGCAAUAUAAUUUUUGGUAUUUUUAUUUUUCUUAUAUUAUUUUCAUUAUUUUAUUUAUUGCUUACUUUAAUGAAAUUUAAAAAUAUUGCUGAAAGUUACUUUUGAAUUAAGUAAUUUUAGAGAUAAUUUUGAUAUUGACUAAAUUUUUUCAUUUCUGAUUUGACUCCAUCCAUAUCUAUAAAAAACUGCUAAUAAUUGCCUAGCUCAGCAGUUUCCAACCUUUUCAGUUGUACAGAUUAUCAAUUUUGAAAAAAUAAAAAUAAGAAAAGCUUCUGAAGUUCCACUAAUAUCAGUUAAAUAUAUGGGAAGAACUAUAUUAUGACAAAUAGACACCUAUUAUAUAUAUGUAGGAAGGAAAAAAGUAUUGGCUUUGACAAAUGAAAAGGACGUUUUCCUCAUUGGUUAUGGGCUUAGAGCUUUUGAGUGACGCCACAUCUCACUAAGACUUGUAAAUCAUGUCUAAAAUUGGUAUUAACUUAGUUGCUUAGUACUGGUAACAGCUUAAGCUUUCAACCAGCGUUCACGGCACAGUAAUCAUGCUGCCCAUGAAUUGGGAACUGCUGGCCUAGCUAAUUGUUUUAAAAAGAAGUUUGCAAGGUACAAUAAAAACUUUAAAAACAUCAGUUAUAAGCGUUAAAAUGAAAGCAUAUUGGUAAAAAUGCCAAAAUGAAAGGGACUAAAAGUUAUAAACUCAUAAAUAAAUUUAAAAAAGGUACUGAAUACUUAUUUUAACAUAAAAUUUAUAACAAUUUUAUUAAGUUUUUCACUUCACGUUUCCUUGCAAACCUCUUUUGGGGAUUCAUUCUUAGUUUAAAAUAAUGUUUAAUAAUACUAAAUCAUAUCCCUUUUUAGUAAAUAUCUUUUUGAAGUAUACCUUAUUUAUCUUAAUCCUGUUACAAUAAAGUACCUAAUACAAUGUUACAGUAAAGUGCCUUUUUAUAAAGUAUUAUUUUUAAGAAAAAAAAAGAGACACAUUAUGACAGUUUAUCUCAAUACAUAUGUACUACUAGAAGUCAGUGACAUUUUUAUGAUUAAUGUCUUGUUGAAGCUUUCCUUUCCAACAUUGAUUCUUGUUUUUUUCCUCUCCAAAUUUAAACUUUUCUAUGGAUAUAUAAAUUAAACUAUAUGUUCCAAUAUGUAUAAACUUAUUUCUCUGUAUUACGAUAUUUUCAGUAUUCCCUUCCCCCCUAGUUUUAUUUAAUUGUAACAAAAAUUAAUCCUUACUUUAUCAAAUAUAAAAAUACUGUAUGAAAUGCUGUUGUGAUAAAAUGGCUUAUUAUAAAGUAUUAUUUUGAAAUAAAUAAAUAAAACAAUA